UUGCUCAUAAGCUUUAAUUAAGGCUUCCAUUUUUUCUUUUUAUUCUCACUCCACUCUUCUUCAUUCCAUUUUCCCUCUUAGCAAAUUCCGCCGGAAUCCUCCAUUGUUCAGAUUUCCCGAUGAGGUCGAUGCCCUUAAACCCUCUGAUUUGCUUUCUUUAGUUUCUUUUCAAUCCCUUUCAAUCGAUUCAAUAAGAAGAAAUGUCAAUUUAUGAUGCUGCAUUUGUGAACACGGAGCUCGCUAAACCGACCUCGAUUUUCGGCCUUCGUCUUUGGGUUGUAAUCGGAAUCUUAGUCGGAGCCCUAAUAGUUCUCGCACUGUUUCUUCUUUCACUCUGCCUCACUUCUCGCAAGCGGAACCGUCAUCAGAACCAAAUCCGUUUCCCUAAGUCCACAACCGACCAUUCUCCUCCCGCCGUUUCGAAGGUGAUCCAGGAAAUCGUCCACCACGCUGUGCCGGAUCAUCACCACCAUGUGCAGCCGGAAAUCCAUGUCGAGAUUGGAAAAUUGGAGCAUCGGGUUGUUUUCUCCGAUAGACCCUCUAGUGGUGAGAGUAGAGGCGCUGUGAGUGAAAAUGCUUCUUUUGGAUCUGUUACUGUCGGUCCUGAGGUUUCACACCUAGGUUGGGGCAGAUGGUAUACUCUGAGAGAGCUCGAGGCGGCCACUAAUUGCUUGUGUGAAGAGAAUGUGAUUGGAGAAGGUGGAUAUGGAAUCGUGUAUUUAGGCAUUUUAGGAGAUGGUACCAGAAUUGCUAUCAAGAACCUCUUGAAUAACAGGGGUCAAGCUGAGAGGGAAUUCAAAGUCGAAGUGGAAGCAAUUGGACGUGUAAGACACAAGAAUCUUGUCAGGUUGCUGGGAUAUUGCGUUGAGGGUGCAUAUAGAAUGCUUGUUUACGAGUACAUCAACAAUGGCAAUCUAGACCAAUGGCUUCAUGGCGAUGUUGGGGAUAUUAGCCCUUUAACGUGGGAGAUUCGUGUUAACAUCAUAGUUGGAACAGCAAAGGGAUUAGCAUAUCUUCACGAGGGUCUUGAACCAAAGGUUGUCCAUCGUGAUGUAAAAUCAAGCAACAUACUUCUUGAUCGUCAGUGGAAUGCUAAAGUAUCUGAUUUUGGGCUGGCCAAGCUUCUUUGUUCUGAAAGAAGCUAUGUGACAACUCGUGUAAUGGGCACAUUUGGCUAUGUUGCACCUGAGUAUGCCUGCACUGGGAUGUUGAAUGAAAAGAGUGAUGUUUAUAGCUUCGGAAUUCUAGUUAUGGAGAUAAUUUCAGGGCGGAUCCCUGUUGAUUAUAGUAGACCUCAAGGAGAGGUGAAUUUGGUGGAUUGGUUGAAAGCAAUGGUUGGAGACAGAAAAUCUGAGGAAGUGGUUGACCCCAAGUUGCCAGAUAAGCCUCCUUCCAAAGCUCUCAAACGGGUUUUGUUGGUUGCUCUUCGCUGUGUUGAUCCUGAUGCUACGAAGAGGCCGAAAAUGGGACAUGUCAUCCACAUGCUUGAGGCAGAUAAUUUGCUGUCUCAUGAUGAACACCGGGUCGGUAAGAAUUCUUCUCAUUCGGUUCAAGGCCAUCAACAUGAGAACCGGGUCAUUCCAAGACAAGUUAACAACCCGAAAUACGAAGGUGCAUCUUCUAAUGUAAGUGAAGGUGACAAUGGAAACUUCAACAUGAAGUAGGUGGAGAUAAUAACGUAUCACACUGGCUUGAUUUACACGACUGACACUGCAAGUUUCUCUGAUGUUGGGAGCUGAAUCAACAAGUAUAGGGUUUGCUUUAUAGAAUUUGUUUAUGCGCUUCAGCUGCAUCACAUCUCCAGAUAGGUUGCUUUUCUAAACUUAAAUAAGUCCCAUUCUUACAGAAGAAGCUAUAACAAUCGAAACACUUCCUCUCUGGUUCGAUGUGCAGCGUUUGCUUAGGCUCCUUAAGUCCUAGUCGCUUUCUGACUUGAUAUUGACCAAACAAAGCCAUUGUCUAUUAUUUACCUUUUAGGGUCGGGCACCUAGUUUCUAUUUGGUAAAGAUAGCUCUUGUGUCAUUGUACAUCUAAAAUUACACCCUUUUAUUAUGGGGAACGUUCUUCCUGUCAAUUGUUUGGUCAAGCACCUAACCAGCUUUGUUGGUGGAAUUGGUUGAAACUUCCAGUGAGAUUGUGUAGCCUAUAACUGUAUGCUUGUGAAGUGUGGUCCCUGUGACCAGCAAGUUUGGUGGAGACAUCUCCAACUGCAUCUUCGCCUUCAUGUGCUCUUUUGCUCUGUUCUGACUGGACCAGCGAGGCCAAGAUGUGGACUAGAACAGAGGCAUUCGACAUCGAAAACAUGACGGGGUUUUGUCCGAUCUUCACAUUAGGCUGCCCAAAGUUUCCUCCCAAGCUGGCUGUGGAUGCUUCUGAAGGGAUCAGAUCAAUCCUUUGGUUUAUCUUCCACCAUACAUUGUCUUUUCAAGCACUCUGUCAAACAGAAUGUCUUUGGGAAGCUCCUUCAAAACCCCUUAUCCAAAGCCUUGCUUUUGGAGAGCAAGUUUCAAA